AUGGGGAUCCCCUCAUUCCUAGCCUUCCCUGCUGCCAGGAGAAACCGAGCUCACUGCACGCCCUGGCAUCCUUGGGGCCACAUGCUACUGUGGACAGCUCUGCUCUUCCUGGCUCCUGUUGCUGGGAAACCUGAUCUCCCAAAAGCUGUGGUGAGCAUCCAGCCUGCGUGGAUCAAUGUGCUCAGGGAGGAUCGUGUGACGCUGAUGUGCCAGGGGACCAGCUUCUAUGAAGGCAACCUCACCAUGUGGUUCCAUAACGGGAGCUCCAUCCACACCCAGAACCAGCCCAGCUACAGCUUUCAGGCCGGCAGCAAUGACAGUGGAUCCUACAGGUGCCAGAGGGAGCAGACCAGCCUCAGCGACCCUGUGCAUCUGGAUGUGAUUUCUGACUGGCUGCUGCUCCAGACCCCCAGCCUCGUAUUCCAGGAAGGGGAGCCCAUCGUGCUGAGGUGCCACAGCUGGAGAAACCACCCUCUGAAUAAGAUCACAUUCUACCAGGAUGGGAAAUCCAAGACAUUUUCCUACCUGCGUUCCAACUUCUCUAUCCCACGUGCCAACUUCAGUCACAGUGGCCAGUACCACUGCACAGCGUUUAUCGGGAAGACGCCACACUCGUCACAGCCAGUGAACAUCACUGUCCAAGAGUCCAGCUCCAGCGACCCCUCAUCGUCGGUGACAGUUGUGGCUAUAGGCGCUUGUUUUGCUGCAGUGGCUAUUGUUGCUGCCGUAGUAGCCUGGCUCCGCCUCAGGAGAAAGCCAAUUUCAGCUCUCCCAGGACCCCCUGAGCCCAGGGAAAGGGGGGAGACCCUCCCUGAGGAGCCAGCCGGUCUCAAUGAUGCUGAAGCUGAUGCUGCCAGAACUGAGGCUGAGAAUACAGUCACCUAUUCACUCCUCUCGCACCCGGACAUUGCAGAGGAAGACACAGAAGGUUUAGUGUUGAAGAAAAUCAGUGUGUUAGAAGCUGCAGGAGACCUAAACACAGUUACCACGAAGCUAAGCUCUGUCCUCAUGGCUGGGGCCUUCUACUUUUCUCCUGCUUUGCUCUGGGCAGCUCAGAUGCUACUGGCCGCCCGUUUUGAGGCUCUCCAGUGUGAAGGACCAGCCAGCACCCAGGAGGGCAUGUGCCGCCCCGAGGAUGACUUCAUGGACCCAAAGGAAGUCAACUUCCAGGUCAAGGGCUUCACGUUCAGUGAACCCUUCCACCUGAUCGUGUCCUACGACUGGCUGAUCCUCCAAAGUCCAGCCAAGCCUAUAUUCGAAGGAGACCCUCUGGUUCUGCGCUGCCAGGCCUGGCAAAACUGGCCACUGACCCAGAUCACCUUCUACCGAGACGGCUCAGCCCUUGGCCCCCCCGGACCUAACAAGGAAAUCUCCAUCACUAUGGCGCAAAAGGCCGACAGCGGACACUACCACUGCAGUGCUGUGUUCAGGAGCCCUGGUCCUGGGAGCCCAGAGACGGCAUCUCCUGUGGCUCUCACAGUUCAAGAACUGUUUCGAGCCCCAGUUCUCAGAGUCACACCCUCAGCUGAGCCCCAAGAGGGGAAGCCAGUGACCCUGAGCUGUCAGACAAAGCUGCCCCUGCAGAGGUCAGCUGCCCGCCUCCUCUUCUCCUUCUACAAGGACGGCAGGACAGUGCGAAGCAGGGGCCCCUCUUCCGAAUUCCAGAUCCCCACCGCGUCAGAGGCACACUCUGGGUCCUACUGGUGUGAAGCAGCCACUGAGGACAAUCAAGUUUGGAAACAGAGCCCCAAGCUGGAGAUCAGGGUGCAGGGUCCCUCCAGUUCCGCUGCACCCACUCUCUUGACUCCAGCUCCUCAGAAACCAGAUGCUCCAGAAACUACUUCUACAAAGCCCCCUGGGCCACUGCCUCCAUUUCCCACCCCUUCUUCUAAGGAUGCAGACUCCUUUUCCCCUCCGCAAGGCCCAGACCCUCAUCUGUAUCACCAGAUGGGUGUUCUCCUCAAGCAGAUACAGGAUAUGAGAGUUCUCCUUGGUCACCUGGUCAUGGAGCUGAGGGGCUUGUCUAGCCAUCUGAAGCUUGAGACCGCAAAGGGUCCUGCCACGCAUGAAUAA